UGGUCAGACAGCCGCUGACAAAAAGUGGGACGUUCCCGGAAAAAUCGCAAACCGGAAAGGAAGGCCAGAGCCUCAGAAGAAGAAGACAGCCGCCGCCGAUGAGACCAGCGAAAGAAGAAAAAGUACUCUCCCACUGGUGAGGUCUCCUCUUCCUCUGGCUCAUCUACCUGUCUGAACCAAACUUGCCCCCCAUUGAGCUCAGCCUUACCCAGCCCUCACCAGCCCCUGAACCAAGCCUCGGCCUAAAGUCAACCAGACGUCCUCCCUCUUCUCCCGGCUUCUUCUUUCUCCUGAUUUCCAACACUGCGUUAUGGCAGGGCGAGGCGGACCAGCACGGACCAAUGGCACUGCAGCAAGCAACAAGAUCUGCCAGUUUAAGCUAGUGCUGUUGGGGGAAUCAGCAGUGGGGAAGUCCAGCUUGGUGCUGCGCUUUGUCAAAGGCCAGUUCCACGAGUACCAAGAGAGCACCAUCGGAGCUGCCUUCCUCACACAGACGGUAUGUUUGGACGACACAACAGUCAAGUUUGAGAUCUGGGACACUGCAGGACAGGAACGGUAUCACAGCUUGGCACCCAUGUACUACAGGGGAGCCCAGGCCGCCAUCGUGGUCUAUGAUAUCACCAACACAGAUACAUUCACACGUGCGAAGAACUGGGUGAAGGAACUCCAGCGACAAGCCAGCCCCAAUAUUGUUAUUGCACUGGCAGGAAACAAAGCAGAUCUGGCCAACAAGAGAGCCGUAGACUUCCAGGAAGCACAAGCAUAUGCAGAUGACAACAGUUUGCUUUUCAUGGAGACUUCAGCCAAGACUGCUAUGAAUGUCAAUGAGAUUUUUAUGGCUAUCGCCAAGAAGCUUCCUAAGAACGAGCCUCAGGGUGGACCAGGUGCAGGUGGACGAGCCAGAGGCGGUGUGGACCUGCAGGAAGCUGCACCACAGGGCAGAAGCGGCCAGUGCUGUGGGGGCGGGAACUAACCAACACGGCAAGUCAGCUGAUCCAACCGAUCUACAGCUUCGAUCAACCAGACCAGAUAUUAGCCAGCUGUCAAACAAUGUCCUAUUGGUCAAACCAAAACCAUGGUCGGACCAACCACCCAAUGAGCAACACAGCACCAAUUAACUGUUUGGCAAAUGAGUCCACUGGCCAGUAAACUGCCAGACCCCUCUGAUGGUUGAACCAACCAACAGACCAAGAAAUCGACCUUCAAGCUUAUUCACAGAAUCAUGUUUUAACCCCAGGACUCGCCAAUCCAUGACCUCUCUAUUGAUGAUGGACACUUGACGUCACCUUAGGGGAAAGAAAAAAAAAAAAGUCCCAUUCAUGGAGGAAGGAAAAAAAAAAAAGAUCAGUCAUUACCAAUGGCACUUUGUAGGGCCAUCUUGCUCACCUUUUCUUUCUGUAUUUGUGUAGAGGGAAAAAAAUGAAAGCAACAGGAAGGAAUAUAAAGAGGCUCAAUGGCCCUGUCCGUUCUCUUCUGCCCCCUGCUUUCCCAUGCACCAUACAUUUCAUAAGUAGUUCCAUCAUGGUCUUAUGACGCUGUUCAAACUCGAGGUGCAUGCAGCAGUCCUUCACUUUUCUGUCUUGUUCCUGGUCAGCUUCCUGGAAAAGAUGAAGAGAGAAGGUUCCUAACAGGAGAACGGGAAUGGACAGAUAUUUCCUUCUUGGUAGAGCUGUGUAGAUUGAAUUAUUACAUUGUUAUUGUUAUCACUAUUAUUAUUACUUCUUUUGACACAGGCUGUUCCAUAUGAUUUUAAAGCCUUCAAGGUUUUACGAUCAUCCAUCUAUGUUAUAAAACCAUAUACAGUGAAUAGUACUUUAACAUUGUCACCCUUAAGUAAUUUUAGCAUUAAUGUAAUGUUUUUGAAUCAUCAGUGUACAAUGACAAAAACAUAAAAGCAAAAUUUGUUUUCUUGACCAAAAUCACAACUGUGUAUUGAAGACAUUGCUGUAUUUGUAUCAGACUUUUCAAGUUUAUAAUCAAUCAGUAGUUACUGUCAAAACAAUAUCUUCCCAAUCUCUACAUGAUGUUUUGUCAACCUUAAUUAUUUUGUGAUGGAUUUUUUUUUUUAAAUGUCUUAAUUUUUUUUCUGAAAAUCUAUGGUAUUAAAUGCACUGGUUCUGUCUCAUCA